AAUCUUCUGUUUCGUAUCUAAAAUUCGAUGUGGUGAUUUGAAGCUGAAGCUCACUGAGAUACAAUCAGGGCAUAAAGACCAGAAAUAGUUUUCUCUCAACAUCACAAAUCAGGAAGAUUUGAGAAAUCUUUGGACUGAACACAAAGAGAGAAAAAUGGUGUCUGCCGGACUGGAGAUCAUUGGACUGUCGCUGUGCGUAACUGGCUCGCUGCUGGUGAUGGUUGCGUGCGGGCUGCCCAUGUGGAAAGUGACGGCUUUCAUCGAAGCCAACAUCGUAGUGGCUCAGACGAUGUGGGACGGCUUAUGGAUGUCGUGCGUAGUGCAGAGCACAGGUCAGAUGCAGUGCAAGGUGCACGACUCCGUCCUCGCCCUGACUCAGGACCUCCAAGCGGCUAGAGCGCUCACCAUCAUCUCCUCGGUGUUGGGCGUGCUGGGGCUCAUGGUGGUGAUCGCGGGAGCGCAGUGCACCAACUGCAUUCGCAACGAGUACGUCAAAGCCCGGGUGGUGAACGCUGGAGGCAUCAUCUUCAUCAUCAGCGGCGUGUUCGUGCUCGUGCCUCUCUGCUGGAUGGCCAACAACAUUAUCUCGGACUUCUACAACCCGCAGGUGCACGCGUCCAAGAAGAGGGAGAUCGGCGCUGCGCUCUACAUCGGCUGGGCGGCCACGGCGCUGCUGCUGAUCGGAGGAACGCUCCUCUGCUGCUCCUGUCCAGCAAGUGGCAACUCUGGAUAUUCGGUACAGUACGCACCGACCAAAAGAGCCACGCAGAAUGGAGACUACGACAAGAGGAAUUACGUGUAGCUGCGUGCGUAAAAGUGACCUGAAAAACGUUUUGUCAGACAUUAUUUUUGCACCUGCGCGUUUUUUUUUAAGAAAUCUGAACUUUUGAAGUAAAAUCAGCAGAAGCAUCUCAGUUAUUAUUAUAUUUUUUACGCUCGGACAACAGAUUGCUUUUGUAUCUACGAAAGAUUUCAAAAAGACUUCUUUUUAUAAGAGGUAACACCAAACAAAAGGAUCUUUCUUAGGUACCUGCUUCAGUCUUCGAAAUUCUUAUUUGGAUCUCUGUUGUCAUCUUAGCAACAACUAUUAUUCGAUCCAUAAAAUGUUAUCGUUUUGAAUGUUAUAAUUGUAAAUGCUCAACAUUUUCUUAUGGGAGGACUCUUGAUUAUGCCGUUGCCUUGAUGUGCACCGUCAGCACUAAUUUGGCUGCACUCAUUCAGAGGACGCAUUUCCCUGCACUUAUGUCGAGGACUCCAACAAAAACAACAAUAAGACCAGCAAUGAUCAAUUUCCGACAGUGGUGGCAACAAGAAAUGUUACAGUCCGUUAUUUGGCUGCACGGAGCGGACGCGUCUUUAGUUUUCUUUUCACACUUUCUUAGAAUAAGCGUUGUUUUCUGUUAUGUUUCAUACAUGUACAUGCAAACGUACUAUUUUGUCGCCUUUUUAUUCAAAUUAAACUACUGUCUGAAA